UCUCUUAUUCGUCUCAAGUUUUCAACUCUUGUCUUCUGUUGCAAAAACCCUAAUUGCGGUGUAAAACCCUAGAAGGAGGAAGAAGAAGAGGAAGGAUGAGACCUUUAGACGAGAAGGAGACGAGCGCGGUGUUCGAGAAGCUGUUCAAAUUCGUCGGAAACAACCUGAAGAACAUCGUGGAGAACCCCUCACACGAAGGUCCUGAUUCGAACCCUGGCCGCUACUGCUUCCGCCUCCACAAGAACAAGAUCUUCUACGCCAGCGAGUCCCUCGUCAAACGCGCCACCAACGUCGCGCGCCCCAACCUCGUCUCCCUCGGCACCUGCAUCGGCAAAUACACCCACGGCGGCAGCUUCCACCUCACCGUCCAGGCCCUAAACUUGCUCGCCGCCAACGCCAAGCACAAGGUCUGGCUCAAGCCGCAGUCCGAGAUGUCCUUCUUGUACGGUAACCAUGUCUUGAAGGGCGCACUGGGCAAACUCUCCGAAAACAUUGCUGCCGGCGACGGGGUUGUCGUGUUCUCCAUGGCCGACGUGCCGUUGGGUUUCGGUGUCGCCGCGAAGUCCACGCUGGAUUGUAGGAAGCUGGAUCCGAACGGGAUUGUUGUUCUGCACCAGGCCGAUGUGGGAGAGUACUUGAGGAUGGAGGAUGAGCUUUGAUUGAUGCAUUUUCUUGUAAUUGGUUUUGAUCCAUCUUAUGAAAUUACAUUAUCUUCUAUAUUAUCUGUACCUCCUUUGAAGUUGCCUAUCUUCUAUAUUAUCUUCGACUUCGUUCUCGUUUCAUAUAUAUUAGUUCACAGAAUGGAUUUGGUUUGUUGAUUCGUUCUCACUUGGCUUCGUUCGCUGCUCCUCUCGCGUUUUUGGAUAUGUAAAUCAACUUCUUGUUACGAGUUUUUUUGGAUAACAUAGUUUGUUCUUGUGAGUU